GGAGUGGGGGGACGAGAGGGAUAGUGAGAGGGGAGAGAGGUGAGGGAUGGGGACGACGCGGCGGUACGCGAUGGUGUGCUCGUCGAACCAGAACCGGAGCAUGGAGGCGCACGCGCUGCUGAAGCGCCAGGGCUUCGACGUUUCUUCCUACGGGACUGGGGCGCACGUCAAGCUCCCCGGCCCCUCGCUGCGGGAGCCCAACGUCUACGACUUCGGCACCCCCUACAAGUUCAUGCACGAUGAACUCCGCCGCAAAGACCCCGACUUGUACAAGCGAAAUGGGAUACUGCCGAUGCUCAAGAGGAACCUCGGGGUCAAGAAUGCGCCGCAGCGGUGGCAGGACAACGCGGCUGAUGGCUGCUUCGACGUCGUUAUGACCUUCGAGGAGAAGGUCUUCGAUACCGUCAUCGAAGAUCUUAAUAAUCGGGAACAGAAGGUGAUAAGAAGUGUUCUGAUAAUCAACUUGGAAGUAAAAGAUAACCAUGAAGAAGCUGCCACUGGUGCCAAGCUCGCUUUAGAUUUAUGUCAAGAUAUGGAGAUUUGCAAUAUCAUUAAGCUAAUAAGAGAUAUAUGGUGGUGCAGAUUGAAUCUGCAGACUGCUGGGAGGAUGCAAUCGAUGACAUUGUUGUUGCAUUUGAGAGACAACAGAAGCGAAAACUACUCUACACCAUCUCAUUCUAUUAGAUGUGUAGUGGGUCUAUUAAACCUUCUGAAAGUGUAUUAGGUUGGCCGAAAUGAAAAGAAGAUUAAUCCUUAUCUCUUGCCUAAAUUUUGUUGGUUUUCAUGUAGUAGAACAUUCACAGCAUGACCCCUUGGUCCGGUAGGGUUCAGGUAGACCGAGCUAGGUUACAUCCAGCUACUUGUACAACAGACUGAUACGGUUUCACUUGGCCUGGGGGGAUGUGUUUGUACUUGUACUAUUUUCUGUUCUUGGGAUGACCCAAUUAUAUAAAAGAUUAUCUUAUAAGUUGCUAUGAAA